AUGCUAGAAGCCAAAUUCGAAGAGGCCAGUUUGUUCAAGAAGGUUAUCGACUCCUUCAAAGACUGCGUACAGUUGGUGAACUUCAAUUGUUCCGAGCACGGUAUUGCUGCGCAGGCCGUUGACGACUCGCGUGUUUUGCUGGUAUCGCUUUCGAUCGGUACCGAGUCUUUCCAAGACUUCAGAUGCGACAGAAACGUGACCCUGGGUGCGGAUCUUUCGUCGCUUUCCAAGAUCUUGCGUUGCGGGAACAACAAUGACAACCUUACGUUGAUCGCGGACGACACGCCGGACUCUUUGCUACUUCUGUUUGAGGACACCAAGAAAGACCGCAUUAGCGAAUACUCGCUAAAACUCAUGGACAUAGACGCGGACUUUUUGGACAUUGAGGGCAUGCAAUACGACACAACCAUCACGAUGCCCUCUGCUGAGUUUGCCAAAGUGGUGCGCGAUCUCAACCAGCUGAGCGACUCGCUGAACAUUCUGGUCACCAAGGACACGGUCAAAUUCGUCGCCGAAGGCGAUAUCGGGUCCGGGUCCGUGAUUGUCAAGCCCCACACAGACAUGGACAAACCCGACGACAGCGUGAAAGUAGAACUUGAUAAGCCCGUGGAUCUCACAUUUGGUUCCAAAUACUUGCUUGAUAUUAUAAAGGGUGCAGGUCUGUCCAACCAAAUCACCAUCAAGCUUUCCUCAGAAACGCCUGCCCUUUUCGAGUUUGGAUUGCAAAGCGGGUACUUGCAGUUCUUCUUGGCCCCCAAAUUUAACGAGGAAGAGUAA